AUGUCCACGACCGCGGGCGGCGCGAUAGGCCGCCUCGCCGCCGCGACGGAGCGGCUGCGGCGGUGCUCCGCGUCCGCGGGCAUCGACGCGGAGGACGGCGGCGGCGGCGGCGGCGGCGGCGGCGCGCCGGUCGACGUCAUCGUAGAUCUCACGCAGGCGCCGAAUCACGACGACGACGACGACGACGGCGACGGCGACGGCGCGGACGACGCGGACGACGCGGACGACGUCCUCGACCCGGCGCUCCCCCCCGCGUCGCAGGACGACGCCGCGAAGGGCGCGCUCUCGUGCAGCAUCUGCUUGGAACCCUGCGCGCUCGACGGCGCGCACCAGGUCAGCGCCCUCUCCUGCGGGCACUGCUUCGGGCACGCGUGCAUCAGCAAGUGGCUGACGCGACACAAGAAGGGCAACGGCGGGAAGUGCCCGCAGUGCAAUCGCAGGGCGAAGGUCGCGGACGUGCGCAAGCUGUUCGUGCCCGCGUUUCGCGCGUUCGUGGACACGAGCGAGGUGGACGCCGCGCACGAGGAGCUCGCGAGAGAGCGCGCGGGACGCAUCGAGGCGAGCUUCGAGAGCGAACGCGCGAGAGGACGACUGAAAAAAGUCGAGGCGGAGUUGGAAGAGGCGAAGGCGGCGGCGGCGCGCGAACUCGAGGAGGCGAACGCGCGCGUGAAGGAUCUCGAAGCGAGGAACGCGGCGUUGACGUCGACGCGCGCGGAAGAAGAAGUAGCGGCGGCGGCGAGGAGGAGGAGGACGUCGUCGAUCGACGCGUCCGGGUCGCGACCGGGACCGGGGCCCGGGUCAGAACGGCCCUCAGCGCCCGCGCCCGCGCCGGACGCGACGAGGAAAGCGACGGCGCCGGCGGCGAACAAGCGCAAGUCCACCGCGCCGUCGGACGGCGACGGCGCCGGCGGCGAUCGACGCAAGGGCACCGUGCUCGCGAUGUUCGACCCGAACCGCGACGCGCGAGAAUCGCGCGCGGCGGCCGCGGCGGCGGCGGCGGCGGCGCGGGAAGAAGAAGAAGCCGCGGCGGCGGCGGCGGCGGCGGCGCGCGGACGGUACGAGCAACGCUUCGUCACGCACGUCUCCUCCGGGCGUUCGAUGGACGUCAACGGCUCGUUCACGAUCGUCUCGGAGGAAUCCCCCACGGGGAGCACGCGGCUCACGAAAAUAAGCCACGCGUCGCACUCGAGUCGCGCGAGCGUCGCGCUCCCGGCGGGCUCCGGGCGGGCGCGAGACGUGCGCAUCGCCGACGACGGCGACGGCGCGUCGUGGGCGCUCGCCGCGUGUCUCGGCAAGCGACUCGUCGUCGUCGACCUCGCGCGCGACGGGAUCGCCGCGUGCGUGCGCACGCCCGCGCCCGCGUGGUCGUGCGCGUGGGGGGGGUGGUCGGUCGCGACGGGACCGGGCGCGUCGGUGAACGUUUCGUCCUCCAGGGACGCGUCCUCCGCGGAUCCCGCGCGCGAUCCCAACUACGUCGUCGUCGGCCUCGCGAACGGCGAGACGUUGAUGUACGAUCUGCGACGCGCGAGCGAGCCGGUCGCGAGAGUCCCCGCGGAGGAGGGGUCGCACCGGCCGCCCGUGCACACCGUGGUGCCGAUCGCGCGGGAGCACGGCGGCGGCGUUUUGUUCGGGACCACCCUGGGGGCGUAUUACUACCAGCCGGGGGGCGCGUCGUCGGACGCGAUGAUGGCGUCGGACGCGAUGAUGGCGGCGGACGCGGUGUCGGACACAGUGUCGGACGCGUUCGUCCGGCGUCUGCCGCACCUUCCCGACGCCGGGUGCACGUCCGUGGCGUGGGCGCCCGGGACCAUGACCGCGGCGGCGUCGUUCCGCGGCCGUAAACCCGGGCAGUCUGACUCGUACCCGGAGACGCACGUGAUCAUGCGCGCCGCGAGCGCCGCCGAGGGCGUCGAGGGCGCCGUUCCGGACGGCGCCGGACGCGCGCGUCCGCGACCGCUGCUUCAGCGGGGUGACGAUUCAAAUCCAAAUCCAGGCGGCGGCGACGACGGUUCGCGUUCGUAUCCGCAUUCGUUCCCGUUCCCGCGCGCGAACGUGACGCGCGCCGCCGGGCAUCGCAACAAGGACGUGAUGUCGCGCGUCGCGUUGUUGCGGCCGCACGCGACGCGCGCGUGCUCCGUGUUCCUCGCCGGCGCGUCCGAGCCGGGCUACAACGCGCACACGAUGACGUGGAUGGGCCCGACGGUGAUGGUGUGGAACGCGGCCACGGGGAGGAUGCGACAGGCGCUGAAAUCGUCGCUGCCCGCGUCUGGCGGGGGGAUCACGGACGUGCGAGGAUGGAGCGGCGGCGGCGGAGGCGGGGAGGUUUUAGCGUGCGUGAACAGGGACGCGUUGCAGCUGUGCACGUGGACGCCGGGGGAGGCGCCGUGA